UCUGUGCUGAUUGGGUGCUCAGGUUGGCAAGUCUACGCCCUGCGAUUAUGUCAGAUUGCGUGCAGACCAAACCAGCGCAGCCUUUGAACUUCACCGCUUUUGGCUCUCAUUCACACACUCUUCCUCAUUUCCCAGCCAGGUGCUUUGCAAGACGAGAAACCUCUAAGAAAAAACAUACAGACACAAACAGUCCUCAUCGACCGCGGGACUUCGCCUUCUCACCUCGGUGGAUUGUGGGCGCUGGAGUGACACAGAACGGCGCCGUUUUGCAGAAGAAGAAGACAUUUUCAACUUCGCAACCACUGCUUCUUCCCGACGAUCUGAACAAGUGGGAUCCUUAUUUCAUUGAUGACGUUUUUUGCAGCACUUCUCCGCAUUUAAAAAGUGGCAUGUCUAGCGUCUGUCUGCGAAACAGGUGAAUAUAUUUCUGUAUUGGGUGGUUACAGAACUUUUCUGCGUUGUUUUGAUAGGAGGAUAAACAGACAGUCGUAAAAUGUCAAAGCCAGCAGAUCAUAUCAAGAGACCCAUGAAUGCCUUCAUGGUUUGGUCUCGGGGUCAGAGGAGGAAAAUGGCACAAGACAAUCCCAAAAUGCAUAAUUCAGAAAUAAGUAAAAGACUUGGCGCGGAGUGGAAGCUGCUGUCAGAAUCAGAGAAGCGACCCUACAUCGACGAGGCGAAGCGCCUGCGAGCGCAGCACAUGAAAGAGCACCCAGACUACAAGUACAGACCUAGACGCAAGCCCAAGAACCUGCUUAAAAAGGACAGGUACGUCUUCCCCUUGCCCUACCUUGGGGACACAGAUCACUUGAAAGGACUUCCUAUGUCGGCCACGGAAUCUCUUUUGAGUGCCUCAGAAAAAGCCAGAGCAUUCCUGCCGCCGUCGGCACCUUACUCAUUUCUGGACCCAAGUCAGUUCAGUUCCAGCGCCCUACAGAAGAUGACAGAGAUGCCCCACACGUUGACCGGCGGUUUGCCCUAUGCGUCCUCAUUGGGAUACCAGAACGGCGCUUUUGGUAGUUUGGGAUGCCCAAGCCAGCACACCCACACCCACCCUUCGCCCACAAACCCUGGGUAUGUGGUGCCCUGUAACUGUUCAGCCUGGUCGGCGUCGAGUUUACAACCUCCCGUUGCCUACAUACUUUUUCCAGGUAUGACCAAAACUGGGAUAGACCCAUACUCAUCAGCACAUGCUGCUGCUAUGUAAUCUGAUAAUAAAAGACAGUCUUCUCUUUGAAAACUUGAAUACAACAAUGCAUGUAUAUACGGACCGAGCGCCCUAAAGAAAAGAUCAAAAACAUUUCAUGAAGCCGAGGACUUGACAAAGGAACCAGGCGAUAACUUUAAACGAGAUCAAACAAGACGUUCCUACGACUUCAGCGUGGAACUGGGAAUUGAUGUAAGGCAGGUGCCCUGUGAACUGUAAGACUUGUAAAUGUUAUAAUGUUUAUUAAUGGCUACCGGAAAUGGAUGCCUUUAACUUUAUUUAUUAUGUACAUUUGAUGCUAUAAUAAUAUUUUGUUCAGUGAUUAAUAUUAUUAUGAUCAUCAUAUUUUCAAGACUAUUUUGGUUUGCACAAUUAUCGAUUAGCCUACUUGUUUCCUGUAUAAUGUCUUGGUUUUUUGGCACUCAGAUGAUAUGGUUAGGGUCAAAAUUAGGACCUUUGAGUUGAAUGAAUAUACGGGUUAUAUUGUUUAUAUUUAUCAAACUGGCACAUAAAAUUAGACAGUCUAUUUAAAAUAUCAAAUGAAAAAAAAUCUUAUUCAAUAUUUUGCAUUUUUGCAUUUUCCUGUGGUUCAGUGCUAAUAGUCACACGUUCAUUUUAUUUGAAAAAAGUGCUUCAGUUAUGAAGUUAAGCAGUUAAUGUUGUAUUUUUAAUCUGAGAUGGUAAUUUAAAACCUGUCUUGUUAUGGAAAGGAAAUGUAUCUAGAAGGGGAUACCUCGUUUCUUUGUUCAUUUGCCGAGCAAAGACAUUUUGAAUAAAGACAAUCUGUCUUCAAAAGAAUAGAAAAGAAUGGUUGUGACUACAUUUCAGGCAGUGUUUUGGUAAUUUAGAAAUACCAUACUCUAUAUUUGUUAGGUUUGGUAUCGUAAAGUCGGUAUUAUAAAACAACGGAAGAAAUGUAGUGAAAUAACAACACAUUAAUAUCUAGAUAUUAUAACCUUCACUUGCAUCAAAAUUUCUCUGCCUUCCAUUUUAACACAAUUAAAAAAUGUCACUUGUUUACAGGCCAGAAACAGUUUCAUCCUAAGCAAUCUAAAUGUUAGAGCUGUCAUUUCAACAAAGCUUAAUUUUGGACCUAUCUAUUUAAAAAUAUUUUCAUUAAAACCAGCUCAUUUAUUGACAAUAAAGAGGGCCCUCCAAAUUGAACAAGAAA